CUCGCGAGAUCUUGCGCUGUCAGUACGUGGCUGAAAAUCAAAACAGAGCAGCAGCAGCAGCAGAAGUGGUGCAGGAGAGAAAGAGAAAGAGGGAGAGAAAGAAAGUCAGCAAUGUGGAGUGGGUCUAAUCCGGGCAGGAGAGCUUCAGAUAUUCCUGUGUGCAAGAACGAGGAGAAAGCAUAAAUGAUUGUAAUUUCUUAGGUUUCUUUUAGCUUGUUGCUGUGGGUUACAGUGACUCAGCUAGCUACUGUAGGCUUGGAGCAUCUGUAUACAUGCUGCUGAUCAUCAGCUCUGAUUAAACACACACACACACAGUGACGAUGGCAGAUAUGGAGUCUUCUCUGGAGUUCAGCAGCUCUCUGACCUGCUCCACGCUGCCUCCUCCCCGCACCCGGAUCUUUAAGAUCAUAGUGAUCGGAGACUCCGGGGUGGGAAAGACCUGCCUCACAUACCGCUUCUGCGCGGGCAAGUUCCCGGACAAAACCGAGGCCACCAUCGGGGUGGACUUCCGGGAGAAGAUCAUCGAGAUCGACGGAGAAAAGAUCAAGGUCCAGCUGUGGGACACGGCGGGUCAGGAGCGUUUCCGGAAGAGCAUGGUGCAGCACUACUACAGAAACGUGCACGCCGUGGUGUUUGUGUACGACGUGACGAGCGCGGCGAGUUUCCGCAACCUCCCGGCGUGGAUCGAGGAGUGCCGGCAGCACGCGCUCGGCCACGAGGUGCCCCGCAUCCUGGUGGGCAACAAAUGCGACCUGCGCCACGCCGCUCAGGUGAGCACAGAGGUGGCCCAGCAGUUCGCAGACGCCCACUCCAUGCCUCUGUUCGAGACGUCAGCUAAGAGCCCGCAGGGAGAGAGCAACGACAGCGACCACGUGGAAGCCAUCUUCAUGACGGUGGCGCACAAGCUGAAGUCGCAGAAGCCGCUGGUUCUGAGUCAGCCGGCCAACACGGUCAUUCUGAGGGGGCGGGAUCAGGAGGAGGAGCAGCGUGGGAGCUGGGGCUGCACCUGCUGGAGGAGCUAGUGAGGGGCGGGGCUAAAUCACUCUGAAUUUACUAGACGACUAAAAGGGAGGUAGUCACAGGUUUAAAGGAUUCGAAAAUCUCCAAAGUGUUUGUGAUGGUCAGAGGUUGCAAAAUGGACGGAUCAGCUAGGACUAGGGAUUAGAGGCUGAUAAACUGCAUCCUAGGCGUGAUAGCGAUGCUGCCCGCUGCAGUAUCUCUACCCGAACUGAACCCUACACGUGCUCUGUGCUCCAUGGAAAUCCUUAACUCCAGGGUGAACCUCAAUUUAGCGAACACUGAUUCAGAUCAACAUUCAGACAUGGGUUAUAUAUUUUAAUGAGAGAUGGCAUUAAAAAAAAUUACUCUGCUUAUUAGAGGCUGCAUUUCAUCAAGGCUGAAUAAUUUCAUACAUUUUUGCAGCCAACAUAAUAGAUUUACUGGCUACUCCAAUUAUUAGACACGCAAGACUCAAAGAGAAGAGACGAACUGAUACACGCAUGCAAACACAAUAGGAGGAAAUUUAGAUUAACGUAAAUGGAUAAACACUUCAUCAGAAAGACAGAAGUAGGUGUUUGCCAGUAUUUUUUUUGUCUUCGUACUGUAAUCCUUGAGACCACUACACUAGGAAUAUAACUGUGCUUACGCAAUACGCAAACUUGAUCUCAUCAUAAACCUUCAUCACAGAUUUGCAUUCUAGUUUUUGUGGCUGGUAUUCGUCAUUAAGCUAAGAGCACCUCAUUUCAUAAUUUCAUAAUACUGUACAGUGACAGUGGUUGUAUGUAAUAACCAGAAAUGAGUUUGGCUUUCGGUGUAGUUUUGCUCAAAAAAAAAAAAAAAAAAAAAGCCUAAUCCUAAUGCCUAAUCCUGUGCAGAUGAUAUUGCCAUGUGUAGGUGCUGUGCAGUGCAGUAGAUCUCGUUAAAUAAUCGGUCUCAUUAAUUAAUGGAUUUUAAUAAUUUGGGAUUUUUAUCAAGAAUAUGAAACAAGAUUUACAGUGAGUCCAUGUGAGGAGGUACAUCACCAUUCACAAUAUAAUCACAAUAUUUAUUAAAAUUCUCUUCUCACUGGCCGGGAUUUUAUCUGAAAAUGACCCUCUGCGGCUUAUUCUUAGGGCUGAAAAGGUAAACGUAAAAAGCAGACGUCCCUGUGCUGCUUUCCAAAUGGGACAGGCUUUCUGCUGAAAAAGCAACGCAUUUCUAAGCUGCUUCUUCUGUAUGCAAAAUUUCAAUCUUGUUGCAUCCAGAAAUACUUAUUUCCCAUUGGCUGGCAACGGCAACCUUUUCUUUUCUUUCAUACCAGGACGCCUCUAACGUAGAUCCAGUCAAAAAUGUAAUCAUUAACACAGGUUUUCACAGGUAUAAACAACUCACCCGUCACCAUUAUGGAAGAUUUUCUAGCUGAAACACACUGUUGACGUUCCUCACUAUGGAUGUUUGGCUAGGAGCUGAUGCUAAGUGUAGUUACAGUGUCGUUUUUAAUGCCACGAGGUGCUGGAGGCAUUAUGUUCAUCUAGCCGAUCUUCCAGGAUGCUCGUUAGUGCGAUGUAUACUCAGUAACGAACAAUUGAAUGUUUGAAGGAUUUAUAUGGAAUCAGCAUCAUAACCAGUGGGUGAACUGAUUAGAUUCAGGGUCAAGGUCAGAGCAAGGUCAAAUGUCUGAAAUGACUAGACUGCUAGUCUAGACUCCGGAGACUUCCCUGCCAAUUUCUACGUUUCUUAGUAAUUUACCAACACAUCUACAGGAAUGCGUUCUUGACAACGUUUCCACUGCCUCCAUGCCUUUACAUUGUCCGUAUAUAAAAACGUAAUAUUUGAGUUGUAACUAACUUUAAUUAACUGAGCCUCAGUCACUAGCUAGGUUAUGCUUGGCAUCCACAUUUCCAUUUCCUUAACACUUAAACUGUCUGCUAUCCUGAAACACAUAUGAUUGAAUUAGAUUUGAACUUAACACAAACUCUUGAGAAAUAUGGAUGCCGAGCAUAACCUAACCAUAAGAACCAAACAAAGACAAAACUGACGAAUGUCAACAUUUUCCUUGAAAGUGUUGGAAAAUUUACCAAGAAGAGACGUAUUUUAUGUUGUGAUUAUAAUUAGCAUCAACUGCUAUGUAUGGGUUCUGCCAUAUUAAAAAAAAACACUAUAAACCAUGAGCUGUUGGAUAGACAUGGACAUGGACAAGUCAUGGAUACCACAAAAGUGGGCUGAUGAUAGUGAAUUAAAAAAAAAAAAAAAAAGUACUGUAAAAAGUGUGCACUGUGCACGAGUUGGAAUGCACCCAUGACAUUAAUCAUAACUAAGGAUUUAGGCUAGUUCUAUAUUUACACUUCGUUUUUACUCUGCUAAUGGCAAAGAAAAAGGAUUCACACAGGAGUGAGUGAUUUAUAGGCGACAGUGCAUGGAAAUGAAACAUUUUUAAAACAUCUAAACUACACGAACAGUGCGAAAUAAUAAUGCCCUUCGAGACGUAACCAUAGCAACCAUUGUGAGUUCAAAGGGCAGGGACUAGAAUGCUAGCUACAGUAAAUAUAAGGACAGUUAGCUAUUUUCAUAUCAUUCAGUUAUGAGUAAGUAAAACGUAUACAGAGACAUGUGUUGUGUAUCCCUGACUUUGAGCACGUGCCUAGCGUGUAGCGUGUGGCGCAGGACUCGUCUAUAACGCACUGCGUUUACUGGGUGCAUGGCGUUAUCAUAUUACUAGAGCAGCAGGAAAAAGUAUCAGUGUCUCUCUCAGCCUGCAACCUUUCAGGAUGACUAAGACAUCAAGUAUGAGUGUGUGAUGUGUGUGUGUGUGUUGCCAAAUCGGGCCAACAUGCACGCCUGCUUUACAGAUCUGAAUCGUGGCUUGUUUUUCUUUCCGUAGUCGUCUUUUUUUCUCAGCUCAUUCUGAAGGCUGUCGCUGCCACAGCAGGUCCUGUGGUGCGCGCUUUAGAAACCCCUCAGGCGUGGACAUUUUUACCGUGGAUAAUUCUUUCGUCUCGAGCGCUGUAAUGCUCUACUGCGAGUGCACAGUGAUGUCUCUCUGACUGCCAUGAGCAUCCUCAUUUGUUUUGCACAAAUAAAGGGCGUGCUUGUGCUGCAAAGGAAAUAAAGCAUGUGUUCAACGGGGCAAUUUACUGCAUGCAAAGAGAAUACCGUCCAGGGCGAAAGUUUGCACACCCCCUCGUGGGUUUUUGAGUGCUAAAAAGCACCUCUGUUUUAUUAUUUAUCUACAAUAGAGAAUUCCAGACUUGCCAAUCUUUAUGCCUUCGCAUUUUAACAUCAGAGUACACUUGUAGGAGAUAUCACUCAAAAAUACAUCAAAACGCUAAUAACAAGCCAAUCAGCAUGUGAAUGGAAAGAUUGACACUAAUGGAGGUGUUUUAAAACCUCUGAUGUUAACACCCACACUCUUCCAGCCUCUAUUAUUAGUAAUGCUUCUCUCUGUGUUCUCGCCACGACUUGAAUUUUCUUGCUUGAAAGAUCUGCCUUCAAGGAAAACGAGGAUUCCUUAAUGGAGUUCCUUUAGGUGAAAUAAAAUCUAUCAACUUUAGACAUUAUAUUAUUAAAUAAACAUAUUGUUAACUAUAUUUAUUAGCAGCAUCAAUGAAAAUUGGUCUACAGUGGUAAAGCACAUUUGGUUUUCAGCCAAAAUAGGAAAAAAAGCAGAGGAUUUUGACCAAAAAAAGGUUAAAUAGGCCUACAAUAAAAUGUCAGAUCUAACACUUUUACUAAUCAUUUUAAUGGUAAUGAUAAAGAGAAGAUGUUUUUCCGUUUCCUCUCCUGUGCUGCUCAAACAGUUUGAACAUCAGAUCAACAGUGAAAACAUCAGCCAUGUGGCACCAUUUUCCAGUUUCUACACGUGUGAGAUUAGACAAUUGAUUUGUAAAAGGAUUAUAUCCAAAAUGUACUUUUUUUUUGCCAUAAGCCUCUUAGUCCUAAUUUGUCAAAGGCAGUGUAUAAUUGUAACGCGUGUCUAAGAGAAAGGGCAGAGGUGAGGUGUAAGGAAGAACGUACUGUGGAUGGGCUUCAAGGGGCCAAAAUUUACACCAGAGAGGCUCUAAAAGCUGAAAUCUGGAGGCAGUUAUGAAAACCAAAGUUGGAUAUACAAGUUAUUAAAAAUCUUUAAGAGACUUUUAAACUGAUAUUUAGAUUUAUUUCAUUAUUAAUAUAUUAACCUGCACUAUUUGGUUAUUUUCAUUACUUGUGUAAGAUGUCUGUUGUCUAUUUCAUUCUGAGGGUGUGCAAACUUUUGGACUCAACUGUAGCAUUAUCAUUAAAAAAAAAAAACAUGAUCUCUAGCAGUGAAGACAAUCUUUAUGCUGCAGUGCUUUGGGCAGACUGGGUUGGAUGUUGUGGUUAACGUGUGUGCUGUAUGUUUUGCCAAAAGUGGUUCAUUUUGUGCAUGGUUUUCAUUUAAAUUCAUUUCUGUGCCUAAAAAAUCAGAAAGGAAGCCAGGCCUCUCACGUCCUCUGGGAUGAUUUUGUUUCUCAGGAUGUUUUUAAUAGAUUUAUGUUUCAUCCUUGAUAAUGUUUUCUGAUCAGCCAAACCCAAGAGCCAACUCGUGUCGUUCAAUUCAGCGCCUCUACGUCGUCUGUCAUACACAUCCAGCAAUCAGCCGGUUUCGCUGUCGUGUCCUCGUUGUGUCUGAUUACUGCCAUGGAACAAACCGAAAGAGGAAAGUCUGCCACUGGAUUAUUGUAACUUUGUGUUUCAAGGAACGUUGCUUGUAUUUUUUUUUUAAACAGAUGGAAUAAAGCGCUCUCCAUUUCACAUA